UCCCAACUUGCGAGUCAGACAGCCAAACUGAGAAAUUUAGAGCAACAACUACCAUCUUUUGAGGUUGCAGCUCCCGUGACCGGCACGGUCUGCAGCCCACUUCCGGUGGCAUGUAAAGGUCAAUCAGCUAUGAACGAAGAGAUGGUAGCUCAGCUAGAUCGCUUGAAUCGUCUUCAGCGUCAAUACGAUGUGCUGCGUGCUGCCUACUUGUCGGCUUUGGUUUGCCCAUCUGCCGGCAAACCAUCAGAAUCAGCUUUCAUUGACGAGGCAGGCACUUUGAGAAAAAAUGGCAGCAAAUGUAAUAAAGAGAUUAUUGCUGCUUGGCAAUCUGAUGGGGAACUCAGGACUCAGGCGUCUGUAAACCGACUGUUAGAGGAAAUCGCACGAUUGCAUGAGGAAAAUUCAGUAAAGACUGAACAAAUAGAUGCGUAA